AUGGCUCUCUUCAACUCGUCAGCGCGAGUCUUCCUCGCCGCAAUCGUUCUUCGCCUCAUCCUCCUCGUCUAUGGAGGCUGGCAGGACGCGCAUUCCGCUGUGAAAUACACCGAUAUUGAUUACAUGGUGUUCACUGAUGCUGCCCGUUACGUUGCAAAUGGCGAGUCGCCCUAUGCUCGCGAUACUUACCGCUACACGCCACUCUUGGCAUGGAUGCUUCUCCCGACUGCAUGGGAGGCUGCCACGCCUUGGUCAGCAUUGACUUUCACCUUCGGAAAGGCGCUUUUUGCACUGUCUGAUGUACUUGCUGGAUGGCUUGUUGUCAAGCUACUUGUCCAAUGCUAUCGCUUUCCUGUCGAGCGCGCGCUGCGAUAUGUGGCCGCUGUUUGGCUGUGGAACCCCAUGGUUGCCAAUAUCAGCACCCGUGGUAGUUCCGAGGGAAUGCUCGGCGUGCUUGUUGCGGCGCUUCUAUGGGCAACUUUGACAAAGAAGCCUACCCUUGCUGGGGUUAUACUGGGUUUUGCUGUACAUUUCAAAAUUUAUCCGUUCAUCUAUGGUGUCUCCAUUCUCUGGUGGUGGGAUGCUGAGCGCGAUGGGUCUUUAAUGGCUUGCCCAAGUCUGCUGUCAAAGGUAUUCGGGUUCAUUACGCCGUCCCGGGUGAAAUUCACUGUCGCAGCACUGGCCAGUUUCGUGGCAUUGAAUCUCGUCAUGUACCUCCAGUACGGCCACCCAUUCCUACACCACACAUUCUUCCACCACCUUACUCGCAUCGAUCACCGCCACAAUUUCUCCCCAUAUAGUACACUGCUAUAUCUGUCUGCUGCCGGUGGAGCGGAAACUCGCUUUGAGGCGCUGGCCUUCCUCCCGCAGUUAACCCUUGUGGUUGUUGCUUUGCCUCUUGUUCUAGCAAAGAAGAACCUGGCUACUGCGAUGCUCGCGCAAACCUUUACAUUUGUAACUUUCAACAAAGUCUGUACUAGUCAGUAUUUCCUCUGGUACCUCAUCCUGCUUCCGUUUUACCUACCCUUCUCCUCGCUUGUUCGCAAGCCCACUCUUGGCAUAUCAGCAGCCAUGCUAUGGAUUGCUGGACAGGCCCUUUGGCUGCACCAAGGGUACAACCUCGAAUUCCUAGGGCUGCCAUCCUUUGUGCCUGGGCUGUUCCUCGCAGGGCUCUUCUUCUUCGCCGUGAAUGUCUGGAUUUUGGGCAUCAUCGUUCGGGAUGGUGGGGACGAUGCUGGUGAGAUCACAAAUGCACCAAAAUGA